AUGACUUCCAUUGGUCUCGAUACUAAGUCAGAUCCCUCAGAGGGCCUGAAACAUUCAACUACCGUAGGGAGCAUCACCUAUGUCUCCCCUGAAGAGUCACGACGUGUGCGAAGAAAGGUCGAUUUGAUCCUUCUGCCAAUCCUUGGUUUCUGCUACUUUUUGCAGUUCCUGGACAAGCAGACAUUAAGCUAUGCCAGUUUACUGGGAAUGAUUGAAGACACGCACCUGGCCGGCACGCAAUUCUCAUGGACAGGCUCUAUCUUUUACUUUGGCUUCAUCUUUUGGUCGUAUCCGACCAUGUACUUGUCAGUACGUUUGCCGAUUGGAAAGUACUUAGGCGCUACAGUCUAUGAUUUUUGA